AUGGCAUCAAUAGUCAAUACACAGUUGAGUGAUGGUACAUUUUUUGGGCUUGGUCAUCCAAUGUUGGACGUUAGCACACACGUCUCAAACGAAUUUCUCCAACGAUUAAAAGAAAUCUUUACUAAUGGAAAUUAUCAUUUGAAUUAUAAUGCUGGUGGUUCGACACAAAAUACAUUAAGAACGAUCAAUUGGCUACUUGACCGACCCAAUAUCACUGUUUGUAUGGGUUGCAUUGGGAAUGAUGAGUCCGGUAAAAUAUUGGAGGAGCAAAUGGAGAAUUGUUUAUAUCAGAAAACUUCUGAUUCGCCUACGGCAACAUGUCUUAUUUUAAUAACAGAACAAGCCAGAUCGAUGAUAACAGAUCUUGGUGCAGCAAAUAGAUUUACAAUUGAUUAUUUGAAUAAAUCAGAAAAUUGGUUGUACGUUGAGCGAGCAAAAUUAUUCUACAUACCGGGAUAUUUUGUUCGAACUUGUCCAGAAGCAGUGUUCAAAUUGGCUCGACAUGCUGCAAAUACAAAGAAAAUAUUUGCUCUCAAUUUAUCAGCUGAAUAUAUUUGUCAAAAAUUUGGUGAUAUACUUAUGCAAUUAUUACCUUUUAUUGAUUUCCUAUUUGGAAAUGAACAGGAAGUAAAAUGUUUUGCUCAAUAUCAGAUGAAAAACAAUACAAAUGAUGAUAUAUUACCCAUCGCUAGAGAACUACAGAAAUUGUUGAUAAAGAAUACCAAAACAUGUGUGAUAGUAACUCAUGGUGCUGAUCCAAUUAUUCUAGCAUCAAAUCAUGGUGUGAAAGUAUUUGCUGUUAAACGACUCUCAAAAAUCGUCGAUACUAUCGGAUGUGGCGAUGCGUUUGUUGGAGGUUUUCUAGCAUAUUGGUCUUUGGAUGGAUCGAUCGAUGAAUGCAUCAACGCUGCAUGUUAUUGCGCAUAUGAAUGUUUAUCACAAACAGAAUGUCAAUUUACAAACAAACCUUUAUUUAAUCAGACGGAGCGAUUUUGUGAACUAGAAGAUUCAUGUUGA